CCGGUUUCGAUUCCCCUCCAGCGCUCCUCCUGCCCCGGCGACGCCGAACAGUGGGAGUGAAUGGCGGGCGCGGGGGCCCUAAGCCGAACACCUGGGGGGCCGGGCCCCGCCGAGUCGGAGGACACGUGCGGCUGGCGCUGCCCAGAGCAUGGCGACCGCGUGGCCGAGCUCUUCUGUCGCCGCUGCCGGCGCUGCGUGUGCGCGCUCUGCCCGGUGCUGGGCGCGCACCGCGGCCACCCGGUGGGCCUGGCUCGGGAAGAGGCGGCGCACGUGCAGAAACUCACCCAACAAUAUUUAAGGCAGCUGGCCACCAAGAAGCAGCAGCAAGUUGGCAACAGAAACCAGAUAGAAGACGCUGCUGAGAAGCUCAAGGCUCAUGCAGAGUCAAGUAAAAUCUGGCUGACAGGGAAAUUCACUGAACUCAGAUUGCUACUUGAUGAGGAGGAAGUCCUGGCCAAGAAAUUCAUCGAUAAGAAUACCCAGCUUACCCUCCAGGCAUACAGGGAGCAAAUCAAGUCGUGUGAGGACCAAAUUGACGUCUUGAACAGUCUCUCCGACAGGGUCUGCAGUAUCAGCCAGGAGCCCGACCCUGUCCAGCUGUUGCAGGAGUUCACGGCCACUGAGCGGGAGCUGAAGCAGCAGAUGCGCUUGGGGGAGCUGUGCCACCCUGUGCCCCAGUCCUUCGCGCCCAUCAAGACCUUCUUCAAGGGCCUCGUGGAAGCCAUGCAGAGCGUGGUACAGACGCCACUAGAGGCUCGCUUGAAGGACAACAUGAACUGCCAGCUCUCCAGCUUCUCUAGCACCAAGCCGGACUCCCUGUUGAAAAUCAGUCCCUCACCGGAGCGAUCGCUCUUCUUGAAAUACGCGCGCACGCCCACGCUGGACCCGGACACGAUGCACGCGCGCCUGCGCCUGUCGCCCGACCGCCGGACGGUGCGCCUCGUCCUGCUCGGCCGCCUGGGGCCCGCGCCCGCGCUCCGCUUCGACACGCUGUGGCAGGUGCUGGGCAGCGAGUGCUUCGCCGCCGGCCGCCACUACUGGGAGGUGGACGUGCAGGAGGCGGGCUGCGGCUGGUGGGUGGGCGCGGCCUACGCCUCCCUGCGGCGCCGCGGGGACGCCGCCGCCGCGCGCCUGGGCUGCAACCGCCAGUCGUGGUGCCUCAAACGCUACGACCUGGAGUACUGGGCCUUCCACGACAGCCAGCGCUGCCGCCUGUGGCCCCGCGACGACCCCGACCGGCUGGGCGUCUUCCUGGACUACGAGGCCGGCGUCCUCGCCUUCUACAACGUGUCGGACGGCAUGAGCCACCUCCACACCUUCCGCGCCGCGUUCCAGGAGCCGCUCUACCCGGCCCUGCGGCUCUGGGAAGGGGCCAUCGGCAUCCCCCGGCUGCCCUAGGGCCCGAUGGGAGGAACCGCCCUUAGACUUCCCGGGACUCUGGUCACACCCGACCCAGACGUGCGUUGUCCACCGCCUGCUCUCCAAGCACACCCGCCGUCUCCCCCACCGGUCGCGCCUGCGGUGUCACAGGUGCUGUCCCAGGCCGGGUCCGGACGUGCCUUAAACAUCGGUCCCCUGCUGCUCGCUCAGCAGACCUCCCCGCCCCCCGGCGCUGCUUUUAGUCCGGGUUCCGGAAAGGACGCCCUCGCAGGUGAGCCCUAGGCAUCCUGACCAAUCACAGUACGCUAGCCUCAGACCGCCUCCCUCGUACAGACCAAUCACAAUACACUAGCCUCAGACCGCCUCCCUCGUACAGACCAAUCACAAUACACUAGCCUCAGACCUCCUCCCUCGUACAGACCAAUCACAAUACACUAGCCUCAGCCCUCCUCCCUCGUACAGAAGCCAGAACUGGCUGGCACAUAGUAGGUGCACAAUAAAUGCGCGAAUGCAGGAGAGGCACCCAGCCCUGACUCCACCUAACCAGUGCCCCUGGGCUCGGUCUCCUCUGCAGUCGGCGUCAUUCAGCUCAUCCGCGUUUCCUCCCCUCGGAGCAGCAUCAAGAGCCUCUUAAUAGCGCCCGGCCUGAACCCUCUCCCGUCCUCCACCCAUAACCAGGGUGAUCUGCCUAAAACCGCACUUCGCCUCUCGGGACAGUGAAAAGGUUCCAAGGGCUCCAGGGGGGAAGAGCACGUCACCGCACCUUAGCAUGCAAGGUUUUCGUGGGCUGCCCCUGAGCUGCUUCUCAACUAGCUUCUGCGGCUCUUUUCAGAUACCCUCCCGCGGAACUGUCCCAUGGUGGGCCUCUGGGCCUUUGCAGCUCUCUUCCCCUGCCCCCAUGACAUUUAUACAGGAAAGCCCUUCCUCUUUGCCUGUCUCGGUCUUCCCAAGGCUUAACUGUCCCCCAGGAAGUCUCCCCAAGCCACUAGAAUCUUAGCAUCAGGGCCACAAACCUGGGAGCUAUCUUUCUAACUAGAUUAGAAGCUUUCUAAGGGCAGCUGUGUCCUGCACUCUCCCCAUCCUGAAAAGUUCAGUAAGUCCCUGCCCUCCCAGUGUCACAGAGCAGCUGGGCUGGGAGAGCCUGGCAGAUCACUCAGCCUGACCUCAUUGUACAUUUCGGGAGACAGGUCCUUACCUGAAAGUAAGUUGCUUAAAGUAGCCCACGGUGAUUAAGGGCGGCCCAGCACUCCCGCCCCUAGACGAGUUUCUGGUUUGCCCUUUGGCCCAGCCUUUAACCUGGGAGAUUAACUGCUUAUUCAUUCCUGGGGAUGUAGGGAAGAAUCAGCAGGUGGCAGUUACUAAGCAACCACUGGCAGUUUUCCCACUGUCUUCGAGUCAAAAGCAGAGCGUGAGUGGAGUUGGGCAGCCCAGACACAGUAUGCUUCUCAGAUCCAGGUGUUGCCAAGGAAACCCAUAGAGCCCCACUUUCCAGAAGUGACAUAAAUAGAGGAGGCCAAACCAGCAGGACCUCAGGGAGGCCUCCUUCCAGGGCCUGUGCCUCAGUUCUAAAGGUUCAGCAUCCUGAUUUGUCAAGUUCCCUAGACAGUUUUCAAGUUAUACCAUAUUAAAUUUAUCUUGUUAAGUGCUUGACAGGACAGUGGUAGGGUGAGGAAAACACAAAGCUGAAUCUCCCUCAUGGUUUAAACAAACUACGUGCUUUAGUUAGUUUGAACCAUAAAACGAGAAUUUCCAAUAGUUUUUUUUUACCUAAAAAUGGCACUUUCAUAUGGGACAAUGUAAUACAAUUAGAAUACAAGCCAGAAGGAACCUCAAAAGUGCCUUUAGUUCUAACCAAAUAAUUUAAGACUCUAACUUGAAUAGGUAUCUAAGCACUAUGCUCCAGGAAUCCUGAGAAAGGGGAAUUUUACUGGGGAUGGCCCAAAACUGAAUUCAGACAGGGGCAUUCCCGACAGAGCAAGAGGGGUACACUUGACUCUACAUCUCUGUUCAUCCCUGCAAAUCCAGACUGGUUCCCCGGCCCACAGCCAACAGGGGCCGAGUAACAAUGGCCCUUGCUCUUUGUUGGGCACUGUUCUAAUGCUUUAUGGCUAUGAACUCAUGUGAUCCUCACAUCAUCCCUAGGACUUAGAAAGUUAUCCCAACUGAGACAAAAUUGAGACACACAAGUCACACAGCUAAUGGAGCUAGGGUCUGUGCUUAUGUCCACAAGGCCAUACUGUUAGGGCAAACCUAGCUUUGGAUUAUCUCCCUUGGGCUCUUGAGGUCUUAUAACGGGAGGGGGGAUUUGAGAGUAGCAGAGACUAAAAAGGUUGAAAAAUGGCUUUUAUCAAAUGCCUACUUUGUGCCAAGGCCUGCACCAGUUGGAAAACUGCAGUUUUGGUCCACAAUCAACUCUGACCUCAGGCUAGUCACUUUUUACUUCUCGGAGCAUCAUCUGUAAAAUGGGUGUAAAGAUCCUAUCUGCCAGUGCUGUGAGUCUCACAUGAGCCAACGAUAGGAACUAGCCUUAAAAACGACAGAGCUGUGCCAUGCCAGGAUGUGUGAGCAUCCCCAGCAGAAUUCCUGUUGUGCUUAGCACUGAGACAACUGCUACUCCAAACUGCCAUCUGGCAGUAGCAGGAGCUUCCUUGCAUAUUAACAGGAGAGGACUGAGCUUCCUGGGGUCCAUGUCUGCAAGGGUAUUGAUCACUCAGAUUUGUAGAAAUUUCUUAAUUGAUACAGCAAAUUGCUUGCAGAUAUGUGUGACAGCAAUUUUAUAAUAUAUAUGUUUACGUAAAAUA